AUGGCUUCGAAAGGCCAGCUCGAGAGUUGGACCGAGGAGGCAAUUUGUCCCGUCUGCCUGGAUUUUUUCACCGAUCCGGUUAUACUGGACUGUGGACACAACUUCUGCCGCUCCUGUAUCACACGGUGUUGGGAAAGGGAGGAGAGAAACUCCUGCCCGGAAUGUAGAGAGGUGUUUGAGGACCCCACCCUCAGGGUAAAUCGGGCCUUAGCAAGUCUGUCUGAGAAAGCUCGAAAAUUAAACUUGAAUCCGAUAAAGCGGGAAAGUAAACUUCACUGCGAGGAACAUCAGGAAGAACUGAAGCUGUUUUGUGAAACGGACCAGAAACUGAUCUGUGUUAUUUGUAGAGAUGCGCGGGAACACAAAGUGCACAGCUUCCUGCCGAUUAAAGAAGCUGUUGAAAUCUACAAGGAUCAGAUUAAAUCUUCCAUAGAAUCUCUCACAAAAAUGAAAUCGGACAUCCAGGAAAUAGAGCAACAACAGAAAGAGAAGAUCUCCGGAGUUCGGGAACAGUCACACAGCCUUCAGUCCCACAUCACAUCCCAAUUUGCUGAACUGCAUCAGAUUCUCACUGAGAAAGAGCAGAGCUUACUCAGAGAUCUCAGGGAAGAAGAGAAGAAGAUUCUAAAUCCAAUGGAGAGAAAUCUUCAAAAGAUUCAAGAGAAUUUAAAUUCUAUUCAGGAGAAGCUCACAAAAUUACAGGAACGGAUGAAUGAAGAAGACAACGUGAUAUUUCUCAAGGAGGAAGCUCGUCGGAAGAGGAGGAUCAGUGAUGUUACGCAGAAGUUGCCAGUGACUGAUGGUGCCCUCCCGGUUGAAAAAUUCGAUCACCCCUUUUUGUUGAAUCCAGCGUUGAGGGAAAUGUUUGAUACAAUUAAGCGAGAUACGCCCUAUUACGGUGGUAUCAUUUGCAAACAUGAAGACGGAAUUCGAGCAGAAUCUGGCCAGGCAGUCAUGAAUAUUUUGGGAGUAGAGAAGAGGGCUGAGGACGCAGCCUUUUGGAGCACCAGUGUUAAGAAUAAUAGUGCUGGAGGUGUUGCUGACGAUCCUCACAUUGCGGUUUGCUGGUCCUUGCACAAUGCAGAAGAGGAGGUGCUGGAGGUCUUCAAAUGCAGGAAGGUUGAUAAAUACCCGAAGCCUGAUCAAGUGUAUCCCAGGACAUGGUGGGGAGCUCUGGAAGAAAUUGUGGGGUUCCUUGUGAAGAUAUUUGUAUCAUCGAUAUCUACGGGUGAGGUUCCAGAAGACUGGAGGGUGACUCAUGUUGGGCCUUUAUUGAAGAAAGGCUGCAAGGUAAAUUCUGUCUCCGUGACCCUGGAUGUGGAAACGGCGAGUCCGCGGCUCGAGGUGUCUGAGGAUCGGAAGAGUGUGAGACGGACCCGGACCCGGAAGGAUCUGCCCGACACCGGGAAGAGGUUCACAGUCUGGGAAUGUGUGCUGGGAUCGGAGGGAUUCACAUCGGGGAGACAUUACUGGGAGGUGGAGGUGGCGAGGAGUCGGAGCUGGAGUCUGGGAGUCGCCGCAGAGUGUGUGGAGAGGAAGGGAUGGGUCGGACUGAUCCCGGAGAGCGGAUUCUGGACUAUCGGGCGGUGGGCUGACGAGUUUUACGUGAACACCUCCCCUGGAUCCCGUCUCCCUGCCGGUCCCAUCCCCGGGAGGGUGGGAGUUUAUCUCAGUUACGAGUCCGGGACAGUUUCAUUUUACAGCGCAGACACCAAGUCCCAUCUCCACACUUUCACUGGGAAUAAAUUCACGGAGAAACUUUAUCCUUUCUUCGGGACUUGGGAUGGAAACCAGUGGCUGAGAAUUUGCUCCUGUUCCGCUCCGGAUCUGUAAUCGGCUCGGGUCCCGGGUCCGGCGUCAGGAGGAAGCCAAUGUAAAUAUAAAUAUGAGGAGAGUGAAAUAAGCACGAAUUGACAUUAGAACUGUCGACCCAUUAAUUUUAACGCGUUAACUGCAUCCGUUCUGCCGAACACAAAUACUUCUGUGAAAAUAGAAAGAUUUAGCAGCGGGUGGUGGC